GACAUUAAAAAAGAAAAAAUCCACAGAAGAAGAAGAAGACCAAGAACAAGACAUCAACUGCUGCUUUACUACAUUUCUAAAGUAUACCUAGUUGUUACAAACAUGGACAACUCUGGAAAAGAGAAGGAAGCCUCGGCUCUGAUCGCUGAGGCUGAAAAGAAACUGAAAUCGUCUCAGUCGUUUUUCGGGGCGUUGUUUGGAGGUUCAUCCAAGAUGGAGGAGGCCUGUGAUAUGUACGCCAGGGCUGCCAACAUGUACAAGAUGGCGAAGAACUGGUGUGCUGCAGGUAAUGCGUUCUCCCAGGCGGCCCGGCUCCACCUGCAGAUGCAGAGUAAACACGAUGCUGCAACUAACUUCAUAGACGCUGGAAACGCCUUCAAAAAAGCGGACCCACAAGAGGCAAUCAACUGUCUGAACCGAGCCAUCGAGAUCUACACAGACAUGGGACGGUUCACCAUCGCAGCCAAACAUCACAUCUCCAUCGCAGAGAUCUACGAGACGGAGCUGGUGGACAUUGAUACGGCUAUAGCUCACUAUGAACAGGCAGCAGACUACUACAAAGGAGAAGAGUCCACAAGCUCUGCUAACAAGUGCCUUCUGAAGGUGGCUGUCUAUGCAGCUCAACUGGAACAGUACCAGAAGGCCAUAGAGAUCUAUGAACAGGUUGGGACCAAUGCAAUGGACAGCACGUUGCUAAAGUACAGCGCUAAGGACUACUUCUUCAAGGCAGCUCUCUGCCACUUCUGUGUGGACAUGCUCAAUGCCAAACUGGCCUUGCAGAAGUACGAAGAAAUGUUCCCUGCCUUCUCAGAUUCUCGGGAAUGUAAACUGCUGAAGAAACUUCUAGAUGCGUGUGAAGAACAGAAUGUGGAUGUAUAUACUGAUGCCGUGAAGGAAUAUGACACUAUCUCUAGGUUGGACCAGUGGCUGACCACUAUGCUCCUCCGCAUCAAGAAGACCAUAGAGGAAGACGAGAGUGACCUGCGUUAAUGGCCUUAAUGUCACUAGACACCUAACCCCCCCCCCUAAACCCCUAUACCCAUUUCUCUGACCAAAACCUCAUCCAUACCUAGGGCUGUUAAGGUAUUACCACCUCCCCAGCAGUCACCAGUCAUGAUUGCAGUCAAAUUCCCCAUGAGUCAAGGUAAAACUAGGCUUCUCUAAAACUGAGCUGUGAUGUCGCUGUUGGUAAUUGGUACUCGGCGCUCUAUUGUCCCUGUAAUCACUUAAUGCAAAUACAGUGGAGAAGCAAAUCAAACACUUCCCGAGAGCAGUCAAGAGUUGAGUGGAAUAGGAUCACCUGUUGGGCAGCGAGAGCCAGCUCCUCAUAGCUGGUUGAUGCAUGGAGUUAAAUAUGUGCUCUGUUGGGGCAACAUUUCUACAGCCUAUGUUAUGCAAUUGCGUGAGGAAAACAGUUUUGAUGGCCUCUGUUAAAAAGAGGAGAAUCCUAUCAGCUUUCUAUAGGCUAGGCCGACUAUAUUUAUUUCUCAACUUUCUUAAUAUUAUUAAGCACGUUACAACCAGAGUCGUCUGUCUACCUGGCUGUCAUGAAAUUGAACCAUGGGAAAAGCGUCCUCCAUUUGCCAUUCAAGUGCAUACAGAUGACUUUUUAUUUUUAAAAAUUGCCCGUUCAGACCGGUGCAUGUUAAUGGGCCAUUCUAAAUCAGAACUCGUUUCACACAUUAUUUAGUAUUUGUAAAGAUAAAAUUCAAUGGAAAAUAGUCUGAUGGGUGAAAAUAUUAAUCACCUGGGAAUGAUGCCCAAAUUAUUAUUAUUAUAUAAAAAAUGAUUCAUUAAUGAAUUUAUGGUGAUAGUCGGCUAUAUUGAAUGAAUUAGACUUCUUACAAAUCAAAAUGUUGACGUUCCAAUAGAAGCACGACAACGAUGGUCCACGUCAGUGGUCGACCCGGAGAGAUGCUUAAUGUGUUUAUCUUCAUUAACGGUCAAUUUAGUGUGAGACCCUCAGUUAAUAGCAUGACACUUACCAGUUGACAAAAUAUAAUGACCGUCACAGCCCUACCCAAGGGUUUCCUAAACUCGGUCCUCCGGACCACAAGGGGGGGCAUGUUUUGAGUUUUUGCACUACACAGCUGAUUUUUUAAAAUAUCCAGCUUUAAUCAUUUUGAAUGUGUUGUGUAGUGCUAGGGGGUCCCGAGGACCGAGUUAGGGAAACGGCCCCCUUCCCCCUCCCCGUUGCCUCAGGCCCUACACCCUGGCUUCUACUCUUGUGCCUUUUUUUACAGCAGUCUAGCUCAUCUUGCCUUUGCAGUGUAGCUCAUCUUGCCUUUGCAGUGUAGCUCAUCUUGCCUUUGCAGUGUAGCUCAUCUUGCCUUUGCAGUGUAGCUCAUCUUGCCUUUGCAGUGUAGCUCAUCUUGCCUUUGCAGUGUAGCUCAUCUUGCCUUUGCAGUGUAGCUCAUCUUGCCUUUGCAGUGUAGCUCAUCUUGCCUUUGCAGUGUAGCUCAUCUUGCCUUUGCAGUGUAGCUCAUCUUGCCUUUACAGUGUAGCUCAUCUUGCCUUUGCAGUGUAGCUCAUCUUGCCUUUACAGUGUAGCUCAUCUUGCCUUUACAGUGUAGCUCAUCUUGCCUUUGCAGUGUAGCUCAUCUUGCCUUUGCAGUGUACCCCGGUGUUGAUCAGGUCAUCAACACUAGUCCUAGUGCCUCUCCUGUUCUGCUGAACAUGGUGCAAAACUGUACCACCGACAGUGAUGGCUGUGGCCAUCAGACGCUAAUCAGAACACUAACUUGUGGACUGUUACUGCAGAGUGCCUUUCAGAAUGAAACCAGACAAUCAUGAUGUGCUGUGGACUGCACACGACAAAGUGCAGAGCUAAUCGGAAGGGGAAUGUCCCUGAUUAAACCCUGUACUCUUUCUGCUUUGGGACACCUCAGGAAUGCUGGACUGCUGUAUUCACACAGUGGCCUUGAAAGACCUUUAAUAUUGAUAAUAAAAUGUAAUUUACAAAGUAUUUUUAAACAAGGUUACAGAUAUAAAUGAAUAAAUUACCCAUACAGAAAAUAACCUAGUUAUGGUUUUACAAUUUAUUUUUUUGCAGUUUUCCCAUUUCUAUUCCAAUUCUCUUAUUUCUUUAUUUUCCUUCAAUGCUACUUGUGUUGUAUGUCCAUUCACCUCAUCUCUACUUUGUGUUACCGACUAUACUAGCUUACUAUACUUUAAAAAGCUUCUUUUUUUUUAUUGGGAUUUAUUGAUUUCAACUUAUUUUUGGCAUGUAAAGAUAGACAAGCUUUUGAUUAAAGGACGUUGUUUUAGUCCGUGUAUAAAUAUUGGUCUCUUUCUCUUCAAUACAGACGAGCACAGAUGAAUUAAACCUAUAAAGAGAGAGACGGUUGUGACUCUGUAAUUAAAACAUUAAAUAAAGAAUUGUUGUGGAAAAUAAAACCUAUGAUCACGUUG